CAAUUUUCUUACAUGAGUCUAUUUCUAUGUACUUUCAUGUCUUAUUCUCAUGCUCUUACAAUGUCAUCCUUCAAGACAACGCACACGCUAGGGUGAGCUCUAAGUAGAUGUGAAAGGUUACCUACUUCUGAUGGUAUAAACUGCAAUCCACAAACACAAACUAGACAACACUAUUCCUUCAAAUUUAUAUUGAGAAUUAUCAUUCUCUGAAAUAGAGUUACUAUCCCUGCUGAUAACAGCAUCUACUCUUCCCUCGUUAAUAACUCUUCUGUCUCCGACACACUCAAACUCUCAACAUACCUUAAAUAUUAUGCUCCCAUGAUCGGCUUCAACUAUCUCUAGAAUGUCCGAAACAUCUGCCACACAACAUGUCAAAACUCGCAUCCUUGUCAUAUCCGACACGCACGGGUCGAAGCCAAAGCCCAAACACAAAGGCGGGCCUACCACUGAUGAUGAGCUCAACGAAAAGGAUGUCUCGCGUGUGACGACAGGUUGGAGAGAGUCUCUCCCAGAGGCGGAUGUUGUGAUCCAUUGCGGAGACCUUACGAAGCGAACUACAAUUCCUGAAUUCGAAAAUACCUUCUCUAUGUUACGGUCUAUUCAGGCCCCUCUCAAACUGGUCAUUGCAGGCAACCAUGACAUGGCGCUUCAUGACGAUUAUUGGAUCAAUGAGUAUGGCGGUCCGGCGGACACGCUCGACAAGGUCAAGACUAUUCUUCAAGAGGCUGAGAAAGAUGGUGUUCGGUACUUGACAGAGGGCGUUCAUGUGUUGACCCUGCAAAAUGGCGCUCUGUUGAAAGUGUAUGCGAGUCCGUGGACUCCUUCGUAUGGUGGCUGGGCAUUUCAAUAUGAGAAUGGACACGACUUCAACAUCCCCAAGGAAACCGAUGUGGCCAUUACUCACGGUCCUCCGCAAGGUAUCUGCGACUUUGCAGGCAUGACUGGAACCCACGCUGGCUGUCCCGAUCUCCGUGCCGCAGUCGCUCGUGCCAAACCCAAGAUUCAUUGCUUCGGCCACAUUCAUGAAGCUUGGGGGACGCACCAUGUGACAUGGAAAGGCAAUGACAUUGAUGAGAAACUGUCAAGAAAAGUCGGGCUCAGGGGGCUACGACCAAAUCGCGUGACGCAGAAUGAGGAAGAGGCUAAUGCAACGAGGGUGAAGCUAAUCGGGAUGAGCAAGCAAAGAGCUGCACAUCUGGACCUCACUCAGGGCGACAGUCGCGUGGUUCAAGGGGAGCAAACAUUGUUUGUGAACGCAGCGAUCAUGGAUAUCAGAUAUAGACCUAUACAGCUACCGUGGCUAAUUGAUGUAGACUUGGUGAGAGCUGGGCCGCUGUGAGAGGUCCUAGACGAACAACUACGGAUACAUCAUUAUCAUUACGAAUCGUAACAUAGAUACAUAUUAACUGAAAACUGAUAGUUUCAAUGCUUGUUUAUUACUGACUAA